AUGCCCUGGAAGCCUCUCCCGUCCGUCGCGUUUGGCAUCGUGUCCUCCCCCUUCACCGCGACCGCCGAAGCAGAUCUCCCGCUCCAGAUUGGCGACCAUGUGUACAUCAUCGAGCAAGGCGGACGAACGAACGAAUGGUAUCGCGGAUACCUGGUCGCGCCGCCCUCGUUGUUGGCCGGCUUGACCAGCGAGCGCGGCCAGCAGCUCGAGCAUCGCGUCUUCUCGGGAAUCUUUCCUGCCAACUGUGUGCAAGUGCGAGAAUAUCUCGGCGAUGGCCAUGAGCUGCCGCCCGAAGCACCGGAUGAAGACGAAGAUGAGGAGGAGGAGGAGGAGGAGGCAAGCGAUGAGCGCGAGAGGCGGAGGAGCGAGGUGAUGCAUGCACGAAGAGCAAGCAGGCGACUGAGUCGUCGGAAGAGCUCGCGCAGUGGGAGGAAGAGAAAGUCGAAGCUGCUCAUGCCCGACGAGCCUGUUCCUCGUCUGCCGGAUGCUCCGAAGCCUCUUGCGCCCGUGCCGUUGCUGCGCGUCGGCGACGAGACGGGCCAGUCGGCGCAGGAGCCAUUAGUGGACGAGAUUGCGUCGUGCUUGCGGGAAUGGCACGACGCGAGACUGCACGAGAUGCUGCUUGCACGCGGCUACAGCCAACUGGCCACGAUGGAAGGUCUCAUCAAGCGCGUGGACAAUGCACGGAGUCUGAUUAUGCACGACGUUCUCACGCGGAAAGAGCUGGCGGAUGUGCGGGAGGACACGGUGUGGGAUCUGGUGGCCGGCAACAAGAUGCUCUGCGACGAGGUCAUCGUGAGAAGCGCGUCCGCGAAGGGGCGCAUAUUGACGGCCGAUGACUCGGUGAUUGAGAUGACCAAGUUGCAAGCGAACAUGAGCAUUCUGGAGCGGCCGCCCAAAGUGAAUGCCGACAAGCACAUGCUAUAUCACGUGCUGGCGGAGGUGCGCAACCUGGUGGUCGACCAUGCCAACGACCAGCCCGGCACGCUGCACAUGUGUCUGUUCACCAAGCAGGGUGGCGAGAAGGCGCGUCCCAUCAGCGAGAACUACGCCAUCUCCGUGCCUGUCCCGGUCGCGCCUUCCACUGCUGCGGAGGACCAGCCACGGACGCUGUUCGUGAAUCUGAGCGGGCAGGAUGUCGGCGUGGGCGCGGAACAACGAUCGCUCUACCUCGUGUUCAAGUUGCUGCGCGACGAGCCCGUGCGGCAGUCCAUCUACGGCCAAGGCAUCAACCACGCCAGCCACGCGCACGCGCACGCGCACGCGCACAAGCACAAGCCGUCCAUGUCCAUGCUCAGUCGCGGAGACAGCCAGCCCAACCCCCUGAACAGUAGUGCCAAGGGCCGACGGAGUGUAUUCGGCAGCCAACGGAGGUCCAAGAGCGACCAUGGCCGGUCCGAUUCCACUGCCAGUGCUCGGCCCGAGACCGGCCACUCCGACCGAUCGGGCCGACAGGGAAGCGCCCAUGGCCCUCCCGAGCGCCCGGCGUCGGCGUCUCGAGACAUGAAGAUGGUGCGGAGAUGCGUCGGGGUUGGCGCGGUCGACAUUACCACGCUCGCGCUCGCACAGAGCCGGUCCCCCUUCGAGACCGCGGUCACGCUAUGGACGCCAUCCGACAGGAACGACCAGGGCAGCGACUGGGCCCAUAUCAUCCAAGAACUGUCAAGGAGCGUGACGGGAGGCUAUGUCAGGAGCAGGACCGUCAAGCGGUGCGACGUCUUCGUCCAAGCCUUUGCCUCUGCCGACCUCGAGCGCCUGAUCCGCAAUACCCCCACGAUGCUCCACAACAUCUUGAUGACGCCCAAGCUUGGCUUCUCGGGAGUGCCGAGCGAGAAGCGGAGCGACAUCUACCUGACUCUGACGGACCCACGAAUGCCCCGCAAUGCCACCUUGGCACAUGCCAAAUUCGGCGCCGUGCCACUCAACCAACGCUGCCAGACGAGCCUCGCCAAUCUGCAGCUGACGUUGGAAGCACGAAGGGCCAACGGCGAGCGCAUCGACGGCUGCAUCUUCACUGCCGCCAACCAUCACGGCCACACAGCAUGGCGCACGACGGGCAUCGAACGCGGCGAAGCCUGGAACCAGACCAUUCGACUGGCCAUCCCGGCGGAAGAGCUUCCCGGCAGCCACGUUGUCAUGAGCAUCGCCGACUCUCCCAACUUUCCCUUCGCUUUGUCCUGGAUCCCCUUGUGGGAAAAUGAGGCGUUCGUGCGCGACGGUGAUCACCACGUCGCAUUGUACGUCUACGACGAGUACUCGUCGAGCAUCAUCGGAGGCAAAGGCGCCUACCUUGCUCUUCCGCCAUGGCACAACAAGCAGGACCCCGUGCAGCAGAAUGCAGCAGUAGUGACCGUCAGCACCUUUUUGUGCAGCACAGAGUACUCUCAGGACCCUUCGUUGCUGGGUGUGCUCCAUUGGCGGAACUAUCAUGGAUCAGAGCUGAUUGAAUUGCUGGAGAGAUUUCCUUUCGUGCCUGAGAUUGAGAUCGUGAAGCUGCUUCGCGAUGUCUUCUCUGCACUGUUCGAAAUCCUGCACGAGUACGAGGGACAGGAGAAGUACGAAGAUAUCAUCUUCUACAAUUUUGUCGUCAUCCUGCGUAUAGCCCGCGACAAGAGAUUUGAGCUCGGAGACAUCAUCAAGCAAUAUGCCACCACCAGACACACAUGGCCUGACGCUUCCAAAUGCCUGAUCGGCGCCUAUCAACGCCUUGUUGGCAAAUCCAUGGAUCCAGACUCUUCGCGCAAGCUCCGAGACACAUUCAAAGUCGGCGAUCAAAUCCUCAAGCUGGUAAUGGAGGUGAUGAGGCAGGAUCCAUCAGUGCAGCGAGAAAUCGAGCUCAAUGGUAUGCCGCGACCAGAACAGAUUGCAGAUGUCAGGGCUGAGUUGAAGAGACUCUUUGUCUCGAUCAUGUCCUUGCUGCGAAACCCCAUGCCAAUCUUACUGGGCACUCAGACUCUGCUCAUUCAGCGCUUCUCAUCUUGGUUGCCUGAAUUGACGCUGGUCAUGUCACCUAUGGAAGUCUUGGAGAUUGCCACAGACCUCUUGGACUCCUGUUCGCAUGCCAGAGGAAAGAUGAUUUUAUACCGACUCAUCGUCAUCAUCAAUUACAGCCAUCUCGACAUAUUCAAAGUGCCCGACGCCCGAACCUCCUUGGUUGCAAAAACAUUCCAUUGGCUCGAGCCCUAUUGGGGAUUCGUGCCAGAGCCAGACCAGCAAUGGCGAGACCAGGUCCGGCUAUGCUGCUCCGUCGUCGCGGCGCAAAUGGAGCAACUGCAAGAGGACAGCUGUCAGUACGUGCCCAAGCUUGCAGAGUCUUUUAGUGUCCUCAAGGAGCUUUCACGUCCCACGAAGCGAGUAUUCAGCAUGUUAUUUCCCACCAGCUAUCCAUUUCCCACCAAAAACACCACGGUCGACAUCGACGUGGAUGAGGCCAUGUUGGAGAUUUCUGCACUUCUGGCAGCAGCCUUGACUUCCGAGCAAAGGCUCUAUUUUGAUGCAAGUCUGGUUGAUGUCACGGGGACAUUACUCGAGGCAUUGAAGGUGGGACAAAGCAUCUUGUCGUGCGAAGCCUUUCCACGCAGUUGGCUGAGCUUGCUCGUCUCACACCACAAAUAUGGAAUGACUGCGCUCGAACGCAUUGAGGAAGUAUUGGUUGAAUCACUUCCAGAUGUGUACGCACCGGACGCCCACGAGGCUUUCGACUUCGACACAAACAUCUGGCGAGCGUACUUCAACACGCUUUUUGCAGCACUGGGAAGCCCGGCGCUCGCGAUGGAAACGUUCCCGGAGCAGAAGCGUCGUGCGGUAUGGAAGAUAGCAGGGGACGUCCGUGAGCUUGGCGCCGAUCUACUCAAGCGCAGCUGGGAAGCAAUAGGCUGGGAGACUGACGUGGAAACCAAGCGGCUGCACGGCUUCGAUCGCAUGGGCGGCUAUCAGGUGCAGUUCGUGCCUGAUCUCAUCGCCCCCAUCGUUGAACUCUGCCUUAGUGUACACGCGAGUCUUCGUGCCGUCUCUAUCGAGGUCUUACGAUCUAUGAUUGUAAGCGCUUGGCAAAUCGACCAAGACCUAUCCAUCAUCCAGACCGCUAUGAUUGACUGCUUGGACAAGCUUUGCCGAAAUAGGAGUGUCACGGAGACUGUGCUGCAAAAGACGUUUGUGCCGGAGAUGCUGGAGCAAUUCAAAGGCCUGCACAGCACCGCUGAGGACAGUCUAUACAAUGCCGUCCACGAGAUGUUUGGCAAGAUCGACAAUCUGCUGGUCAUGCUCGCGAGUGUGCACACCGGCAACAUGGCUGCGAACGACUCCACAAGACUUGUCGAUACGCUGCAUCUCAUGGAAUUCCUCCGCGAUGUUGACUCCGAGGAUGCUUACAUUCGCUACGUGCAUCAGCUGGCCGACAUGCAAACCACGUCUGGAAAUGCUGCAGAAGCUGGUUUGGCUUUGCAAAUGCAUGCUGACCGAUAUGAAUGGGAUCCAAACCAUAUGCUGCCUGAGAUGACAGAUCCGAAGAUGCCAGCGCAGUCUGCUUUUGAACGCAAGGAACAGCUUUACUUCCAAAUUUGCCAAAACUUCGAGAAGGGCCAGGCGUGGAAGAGAGCACUGACCGCAUACCGCGAGCUCGCUGUUGAGUACGAGCUGAAUACGUUCGACUUUGGCAAGCUCGCCCGCACCCAGCGUGCUAUUGCAGGCAUCCACGAGCGUAUCGCGCGAGGUGAACGGACCCAUCCUCGCUACUUCCGUGUGGUCUAUCUUGGGCUAGGCUUCCCAGCAACCCUUCGCGACAAGCACUUCAUCUUCGAAGGUUUGCCGACUGACCGGCUCGCCAUGUUCGAAGACCGCAUGCAACAGCUUCACCCCAGCGCUACCAUUCUCCGUGGCGGCCUCGAGGCAGAUGUCGAAGGACAGUUCCUCCAGAUCUAUGCCGUGAGUCCAAACAAAGACAUUGAACACAUGCUCUACCAGCGCACCAAGGUCUCACAGGCUGUGCGAGAAUACAACCUCAUCUCAAAUCCGCAACGCUUCGCGACCACAUCACGACAUCCUGCGCACGACAUCCCAAUCACGGAGCAAAUUGUGGAGAAGGUGAUUUACACUACGGCUGAAGAGUUCCCAACCAUUCUCCGACGCAGUGAAGUCGUCAAAAUCGAGACCGUCACGCUCCUGCCCAUUGAAGCUGCCAUCGAGCGCACAACGCGUAAGACGCAAGAACUUCUCGCCAUGGAGAAACGUAUCGCAAGUGGCGACGACGAGACCGACAUUGGCCGACUCACCGACGAUCUCAUGUCCUCUGUUGACCCAGACUCCGACAGCUCUGUCUCCCGAUACCGUGGCCUCCUACCUUCCAUCUCCGAUCUAGCCGACAACGCUUCAUCCGAAAUCACCCCAUCGAUCUACACCCGCGAAGACCAACCUCUAGACAACAUGCAAAACGCCCUCAAAGUCGCCCUCCUAGACCACACCCUCGCAAUCCGACGCUGUCUAGCUUUGUACAGGCGUCCAGCACUGCAAGCUACUCGCGCAGAACUUGUCCCACGCUUCGAAGCCACUUUCCAAGCAGAACUGACCCUCCUCUUCCCCACGAAACCGAACAUCGAAGACAUCACCCCUCGCGCCUCAAUCGAAGAGGUCAUCCAAGCUGCACCAGCCAAAGAAGACACGACAGCAACCACCGCAGGCGCUCCUCAAAACGAUGAGAACGGCAUCGCAGAUGAGAAACGUCAAGGUCGUCGACGAUCCAUCCCCUUCCUUCGCCGAGCGUCGUCAAGACAAGGACGUGGUACGGAGAAUGGAGUGAAUGGCGAUUCAUCCGGUCCAGCAGAGUCUCGAAAUGCUAGUAGGACACGAGAGAGGAGUUCUAGUCGACUUUCAUUUUUCAGGAGAGACUCGGAGCAGAAUCAUUCUGAGCGCAGAGACAGAAGUGGCAGUGAUGCUACGGCUUUGGGAAGUUCUACUGCUUUGGGAAGUUUGAGGAAGAGAUUGAGCUUUUUGAAUGGAAGCUCCCCGAAAGUGGAUGAGAAGCCCGGGGAUGUUUGGGAUGGGGAUCAGAAGAUUGGAUAGUGUGUGUGUGAUUGAGUAUGGAUCGAUCGUGUCAUGGGGUGUGCUUGGGAGAAAAUCGCGAGCGUCGCGUCAUUCAUUGUUCGAUACCCAUACCCAUAUUUUUUUUGCUCAAAAGCCUUUUCGAGUAUAUAUCUUCGAUACAUUGUACAAGUCUUGUAUUUUCCUGUGCA